AUGUCUUCGGCGUCUUCUUUGCUCCUUCGUAAACAGCUAAAUGAUUUGAAUAAAAAUGGUACAGAAGGUUUUUCAGCCGGACUAAUUGACGAUGAUAAUAUAUUUCGAUGGCAAGUUCUUAUAAUGGGACCAGCAGACACAAUAUAUGAUGGUGGAUGUUUUAAAGCCCUCUUAGAGUUUCCUCAAGACUAUCCUAAUCGUCCUCCUAAAAUGCAGUUCAUAACUGAUAUGUGGCAUCCUAACAUUUCGGCAACGGGAAACGUAUGUAUAUCAAUUCUUCAUGAUCCUGGUGAGGAUCGGUUCGGUUAUGAAAGACCUGAAGAACGUUGGCUUCCAGUUCACACUGUCGAAUCUAUUAUAAUGUCGGUUAUCUCUAUGCUUGCUGAACCUAAUCCUGAUAGUCCCGCAAACGUUGAUGCAGCCGGCAACAUUUCAGAAUCAGAUCCGAGACUAGCUUGUGAUAAUGUCACACCACCUCCCCUUAAAGGUGUAUUUUUCGCCUUGGCUGAUCGUGGGAAAUGCGAUUUUGUUGUUAAAGUUUUAUCUAUUCAAAAAGCUAAUUAUCUUGGUGCUAUCAUAAUUAAUACUGAAAGUGAUUAUGUUUUUCCUAUGGGUUCGGACAAAAACUUAAAUAUUUCUAUACCCGCGAUAAUGAUUGGAAACACUUCUGGGUUUAGUAUUCGCCAGCAUUACCUUUAUGAUAAACAUUUCCUAGCAAAAAUGACCCCAAAUCCUGGCACAUCUAUUGAGUACUAUCUUGUUCCCUUAUUGAUUACUCUCUCACUGGCAUUCCUUGGCAUCAUCAUAUUUUUGGGUAUUCGAGUAUUGAGGAACUGUCUUCGACAAUCUAAGAAUCGCCUCAGUCGCGAUAUCCUUAAUAAGUUGCCUGAAAUUCGCUUUUCAGAAGACUAUCAAAGUCUCUACGACACCUGUGCAAUCUGUCUUGAAGAUUAUGUAAUUGGUGACAAACUCAGAGUUCUACCCUGUCACCAUGCCUAUCAUAGUAAGUGCGUAGACCGUUGGUUGCUCCGGCGCCAACGCUCUUGUCCAGUCUGCAAAUACCGCAUUCACCGCACUCAUGAUGAACAAGACUCCGAUACAGAUGAUCCACAUCAAGCAGCAGGAGAGGGCCCCAGUGGUAGUGGCACCGCAACUGUGGAACAAUCAUCGAGGUCAAGAGCGGGUAUACAAGAACAUCCUGAAUUCGAUGCUUCCAUGGCCUAUGAAAAUGCUGACACUGAGAAUGAUAUUGCUCCACUGCUGAGCAAAUCAGCUCCUGUGGCUUCUUGGCUCUCCGGUGGACAGUUACCACAACAGGGAAGCACUUGGCUUGGCUAUGGUGAGGACAUUUUUUUCCACUUUUCUGUUUCUGCUUUUAUUCUUAAAGUCUUUGUUAUUAUUUUUGUAUAUUAUGCCACCUCCCUACGUUGCUGUAGUUAUAGCAAGUCCUAA